GGUUCCGUCAAUCAUGGAACCCACCACGCCUGUUACGACGUCCGAAACGUCGUCGACUGAGUUUUCCUCUUCCGACUUCACUCCCAUCGGAAGAUUAUUCCAACAGCCGAAUAUAGCCGAAAAACAGGCUGAAGAGAUAGCAUUCUUGUCGUUGACGAGACCUAGUAGCCAUACGGAUCGUCCUAUCGGAGCCACUCUCACCUGGCGUGAUUUGAGCGUCUACGUGACGGCACCUAAAGCCAAAGGCAAUGCGGUCCCCUUCAAACGAGUCUUGAAUAAUGUUCGCGGAGCUUUACAACCCGGUUCACUCGUCGCCUUAAUGGGCGCUAGUGGAGCAGGGAAAUCUACUUUGCUCAAUGCAUUGGCUUGCAGAUGUCCUCCUGGAGUGGUGGUUGAUGGCGAAAUCCGCGUCAAUGGCCGGCUGAUCGAUCGAUCUUUUUGUGACAUGAGCGGCUACGUUUAUCAGGAUGACAUCUUUGUUGGUUCGUUGACAGCCAGGGAACACCUCCUUUUCACUGCCCGUCUCAAAAUGAAUGGCAAUUGGACGCCAUACGAGCAAAACUUGCGUGUCAAUGAGCUUUUGACUGAACUGGGAUUAAUGAAAUGUCAAAAUGUAGUGAUUGGAGUGCCAGGCGUGACUAAAGGCUUGUCCGGAGGAGAGCGCAAACGACUCUCUUUUGCUUCCCAAGUACUAACUGAUCCCCCUGUCCUCUUCUGCGAUGAACCAACUACCGGUCUUGACACUUUCUCUGCCGAGAGACUUGUUUUUAUGUUGAAAGAUUUGACUCAACGCGGUAAAACGGUGGUUUGUACUAUCCAUCAGCCUUCGUCGGAAACAUUUGCCAUGUUUGAUCGUCUUGUUCUGUUGGCUGAGGGUCGCAUUGCUUAUCAAGGUUCUUCAUCUGGCGCCCUUGGUUUCUUCGAAAGCAUGGGCUAUGUGUGUCCUGCUACCUAUAAUCCUGCAGAUUUCUACGUCCAAACGCUUGCUGUUAUCCCUGGAUUGGAAGAUACCAGUCGCUCAACAGUUCGAGCUAUUUGCGAUCGGUUCAUCGUGACGUCAACAGCGAAACAAAUCGAUCUUCUCAUUCAGUUCGAGACCAGCCUCGGCCAGGAAAUGCUGGAUCUGUCUACAAAGAAAGGCCACCAACCUGCUGAACUUCACCAAGCUCGAUGGAUGGUACAGUUCAUCUGGCUUCUAUGGAGAGCUUUUGUUGAUUCAUAUCGCAAUCCAGCUGUGCACACCCUACGUAUCAUCCAGAAAAUCGCUAUCGCUCUUCUCGCGGGACUUUGUUUUCACGGCGUGCUGGGCACAAGAGAUCAAAAGACUAUUCAAAAUAUCCAGGGCGCUCUAUUCAUCCUAACGACCGAAAACACUUUUCCGGCCCUUUACGGUGCCUUAGGAAUUUUUCCCAUGGAGUGGCCAUUAUUCUUGAGAGAUGCACGCGGCGGUCUCUAUUCACCUUCUGCUUACUACCUUUCCAAAGUAGUAGCCUUGAUUCCAGGGUAUGUUAUUGAAACUUUCGUUUUCGUUUCGAUUGCCUACUGGCUAAUGGGGCUGAAACCAGAAGCUGGUGCUUUUCUAUAUUCUUGCUGGAUUCUGAUGGUUACUUGCAAUACUGCUGCUGCAUGUGGAACGUUCUUUUCAGCUGCUUGCGAAUCCAUUGCAGUGGCUAUAAGUUUCCUCAUUCCUUUCGAUUACAUUCUUUUCAUCACGGGUGGCGUGCUCAUCAGUCUCAGCUCGUUGCCAGAUUACGUCUCGUGGACCAAAUAUCUUUCGUGGUUUCUGUACACAAAUGAAGCUCUUUCUGCUGUGCAAUGGCAAAAUGUUACGUCCAUUCGCUGUGAGAACUUCAAUUUUCCUUGCUUACAUAAUGGACAGGAAGUUAUGAAUCAUUUCAGUUUCGAUUUCAGUCAUUUUUCAGCUGAUAUUACCAGUAUGCUUUUUAUCUACUGCAUUUUCCAUUUCCUUGGUCUUAUGGCCCUAGUUAGACGUUCACGGUCCUAGCUUCAUUUGUGGAAAUCAUUACUGAAAUACAAAAAAAAAAGAACAAAAAAUGUAA